UCCAAUAUGCCUCAAAAUGAGCAUAUUGAACUUCAUCGGAAAAGAUAUGGAUAUCGAUUUGAUUACCAUGAGAAAAAGCGGAAGAAGGAAGGCCGUCUGCCCCAUGAAUUGGCGCAAAAGGCUAAAAAAUUGAGAGGCUUAAAGGCUAAAAUGUACAACAAGCAACGAUUUGCUGAAAAGGUACAAAUGAAGAAAACUCUGCGCAUGCAUGAAGAAAAAGGUACCAAGAAGAGAGAUCCUGAUAAAGUUCCUGAAGGAGCAUUACCUGCAUAUUUGUUAGAUCGUGAAGGGCAAUUACGUGCAAAAAUUCUUUCUAACACCAUCAAACAGAAACGUAAGGAAAAGGCUGGAAAAUGGGCUGUGCCGUUGCCUAAAGUUAGAGGAGUAAGUGAAGCUGAAACAUUCAAAGUUAUUAAAACUGGCAAACGUAAGAAGAAAGCAUGGAAGAGAAUGGUCACCAAAGUCUGCUAUGUGGGUGAGGGAUUUACUCGAAAACCCCCAAAAUUUGAAAGAUUUAUUCGACCGAUGGGUUUGAGAUUUAAUAAAGCUCAUGUUACGCAUCCAGAAUUAAAAGCAACAUUUUAUUUACCUAUCAUAGGAGUUAAAAAGAAUCCAAAUUCUGCUUUAUUUACCAACCUCGGUGUUAUUACAAAAGGAACUGUCAUUGAAGUAAAUAUAAGUGAACUUGGACUUGUUACUCAAGGUGGAAAAGUUGUUUGGGGAAAAUACGCCCAAGUGACCAAUAAUCCGGAAAAUGAUGGUUGUAUUAAUGCUGUUUUGUUGGUUUGAAGCAAAUAAACAUAUUUGUAA